AUGGCUUAUACACCAAGAUUUCAAGAUGAUCAAAAUCAAGCUCGACAAAAUUAUCCAACUAUUUCAAACCUUGUCAAACCACAGGAUAAUACUUAUCAAUUUGAUAGACAAACUACGGAUAGUCCCUAUACAAAUCGAAGACCAAUUGAUAAUCGAUAUCCAUCGGAAAUCUAUCGAACACCAUAUAGUACCUAUGAUGGUACAAAACGACCAGAUGAUUAUCGAUAUCCAUCGGAUAUCAAUCGAACACCAUAUAGUACCUAUGAUGGUACAAAACGACCCGAUGAUUAUCGAUAUCCAUCGGAUAUCAAUCGAACACCAUAUAGUACCUGUGAUGGUACAAGACGGCCCGAUGAUUAUCGAUAUCCAUCGGAUAUCAAUCGAACACCAUAUAGCAUCUGUGAUGGUACAAAACGACCAGAUGAUUAUCGAUAUCCAUCGGAUAUCAAUCGAACACCAUAUAGUACCUGUGAUGGUACAAAACGACCCGAUGAUAAUCGAUACCCAAUUCGUCAUUCAUAUCCUGGUAAUGCACGUUCAUGUGCUAUGGAAAUUAAUAUAAAAAUUAAUACUGGUGGUAGUGGAACUUCUCAAGGACCAUAUGCAACACAAAAUUAUACAUCAAAAUCACCAGAUGUUCGUUCGCAAGCAACUAUUGAUAAUGUUCGUUAUAUCACUUUACAUUUGCAAUCACCACAAAAUACGGCUCGAAUUGCAACGGAUGGUAUUAUAAAUCGGUUCCAAUGA